GCUGCCUGCCCUACUCGCCUCCUCUGUUUGCCCUGGAGGAAAAGCAGAGCUGCAGCACACACUGGGAGGGUGGACAGCAUGUCCAGGGUCACGGCGAGGCUAUGCCAAGAACGAGCAGCAGCGGACGGGCUCGGAUCCAACAGGAAUGCCAUCAAGUAUUUGAAGCAGGACUAUGAAGCCCUGAAGCAGCAGUGCCUGCAGACUGGCACACUGUUCAAGGAUGAGGAGUUCCCAGCCUGUCCUUCUGCUCUGGGCUACCGGGACCUGGGACCAUAUUCCUUCAAAACUCAGGGGAUAGUCUGGAAGCGCCCCACGGAGUUAUGUGCCAACCCUCAGUUUAUAAUCGGAGGAGCUACCCGAACAGAUGUCUGCCAAGGAGAGCUGGGUGACUGCUGGCUCCUAGCUGCCAUUGCAUCUCUCACUUUGAAUCCAGAUAUUCUGUUCCGUGUUGUUCCCAAGGCUCAGAGUUUCCAGAAGGACUAUGCUGGAAUCUUUCAUUUCCAGUUCUGGCAGUAUGGGGAGUGGGUGGACGUGGUGGUGGACGACAGGCUGCCCACCAAGAACGGGAAGCUGGUCUUCGUGCACUCGGAGGAAGGCAAUGAGUUCUGGAGCGCGCUGCUGGAGAAGGCCUACGCCAAGUUGAAUGGCUCUUACGAAGCUCUAGCAGGAGGGUCCACUGUGGAGGGCUUUGAGGAUUUUACUGGAGGCAUCUCUGAGUCCUAUGAGCUGCGGAGGGCUCCUUCAAACCUGUACCAAAUCAUCCAGAAGGCCCUGAGAGCUGGGUCACUGCUUGGCUGCUCUAUCGAUAUAACUGCUACAGCUGAAAUAGAAGCAAUCACAAGUCUGAAGCUGGUAAAAGGACAUGCUUAUUCUAUCACUGGAGCAGAGGAGGUAUAUUACCGAGGACGGCCGGAGAGACUAGUGAGGCUUAGGAAUCCCUGGGGUGAAGUAGAAUGGACUGGAUCUUGGAGUGAUAAUGCUCCUGAGUGGAAUUACAUUGAUCCCAAACAAAAACAGGCUCUGGAUAAGCAAGUAGAUGAUGGAGAGUUUUGGAUGGCAUUUUCAGAUUUCCAAAGGCAAUUUAGCCGCCUUGAGAUCUGCAAUUUGACUCCUGACACACUGACAAGCAACAAGGUCAACAAAUGGGACCUGACCCUGUUUAAUGGACAGUGGAGACGGGGUUCAUCUGCUGGGGGCUGCCAGAACUACCAAGCAACAUACUGGACCAAUCCCCAGUUUAGAAUCCGGUUGGAUGAACCAGACGAUGACCAUGAGGGGAGUCUGAACGAGCCAUGCUGUACUAUCCUGGUGGGCUUGAUGCAGAAGAAUCGCAGGAGACAGAAGAGAAUGGGAGAAAGUCUGCUUAGUAUUGGUUAUUCACUCUACAAGAUUCCUCAGGAGCUGGAAAACAGCACAGAUGUGCACACGGGCCGUGCUUUCUUCGCAAGGCACCAGCCAGCAGCCCGGACUGACCCCUACGUGAACCUGCGCGAGGUCUCCAGGCGCAUGACGCUGCCCCGGGGACAGUAUCUCAUUGUGCCCUCCACCUUUGAGCCCUACAAGAAUGGGGAGUUCUGCCUGAGAGUUUUUGCUGAGAAGCAGGCUGAAUCACAGAUGAUGGGUGAUGAGGUGUCUGCAAAGCCAUAUGAGCCUCAUGUUGAUAACAAAGAUAUAGAUGAUGAGUUCAAGAAUCUAUUCCAAAAGCUCUCUGGAGAGGACUGUGAAGUGACUGCAACUGAACUUCAAAGGAUCCUAAACCGGGUUUUGGCAAAGAGAAAGGAUGUCAAAAGUGAUGGAUUCAACAUUAACACUUGCAGGGAGAUGAUCAGCCUUUUAGAUACCGAUGGGACCGGCACCUUGGGACUUGUAGAAUUCAAGAUACUUUGGAUGAAGAUUCAAAAGUAUUUGGCAAUCUAUAAGAAAGUGGACAGUGACUACUCUGGUACCAUUGACUCCCACGAGAUGCGAAAUGCCCUCAGAGAGGCAGGUUUCAGGCUCAACGAUGAGGUGCAGCACAGCAUCGUCACCCGCUACGCCUGCAGCACCAAGCUGACCAUCGACUUUGAUGGCUUUGUGGCCUGCAUGAUCCGCCUGGAGACCCUGUUCAAAGUGUUCCAUCUUCUGGACAAAGACAAGAAUGGAGUCAUCCAGAUCUCUCUGCCUGAGUGGCUGUGCUGCACACUGAUUUGAACCAUGGUCAAUCAAUUCAGCAGAGACGCUUUUCUGAGCAUGAAACCGAUUGUUUGGCACCUCCUUGUUGUGAAAAACAGAAAGAGAAACUUGUUUUUAUUCCUGGCAAGUUGCUUUAAGCCAAUAAAAAUGAUCUACUGUCAGUUAUAAAAUAAAUGCAUCCUCAAACAAACAAAU